UCUAAGAUGCUGAGAUAUGCGAAAAAAAGAAUUUUACUGAACACAUUUCACUGUGCUUUAAUGUAUACGUGACAAAAUAAAGGCUUCUUAACUCUCCAUUCUUGAUGGGACAAAAUGUCGGUCAGAUAUGGAGCUCGCGGUAUGAAGAAAGGCCACGUGUGUGAACACGCCAGUGUAUUUGUCGCUAUGCUUGCUUGUAUGCUUGUUUACUGCGUCUUGUAGAAAUCAGGUAAUUAAUUUAUAUAUCUUUAGCACACCCUCUGCAGUGUACAAAGUAGUGAUGGGGAUUCUGGCUCUUUUGACUUUGGUUUGGAUCAGAUCACCGAUAAGAGAUGCAUUUUUUCUUUCCAAAACCAAAGUUUCGCAAGAUUUUUAUGUGAUUGCUUUGAGGCAGUGGUGCUCAGUGGUUAAAGGCUGUAUUAAAGGGUCAUGAAACCUCCCUCUUUCAGCUCAAGUCUACCUCUCAAUGUUUUUGAAAAAUGCAGCUUAAAUGGGAGUGGAUGUCUUUGUGAAGAAGUGAGGGGGAGGGGAUGUUGCAGGGGAGAAAGAGGGGGGUGGGCCUUCAGAACACGCAUAAUAAUGAUGGAUAGUGACAAAAAGUUUGCAGAUGAGGCAGGGCAGAGGACUUCUCUCCUCCUGAAUCCCCAGGGCUAAAUGGAGGCACAAUAGAUAGCAGUGCAGGUCCUCUGCCCUGUCUACUUGAACCAUUAGCCACUUACGUGACUAUGGAGGAAAACAUGAAACAAAAACAGAGGCAGUGCGGAUGGAAGAAGUGUCGGAAUGGUAGCUAGCUUAUAGGCUCGAGCUUUUCACGAAUAAAAGUGGGAAGGCUCGUCCCUUCAACGCGGACUCUUGUGGCAUAGUUUUGUACGCGACGGCCCGCUGGCCCUCGUAGAGCUUUAAGUGGUUUAAUUCGCUCAAAAGGCAAGUAAAUGUGUCAUGGUUAAAAAUUAGACACAUACCUCAUUUGAAGGGAUGGAAAAGACAGCGUCUUCUCAUAGGAUAAAAACACGUCAUCAAUGUACUAUAGUACGUUGCCAUGUUACUGCCUGUGACGUGUGACACAAGAUUUUAAACCCGGAAGAUGAAAAUAGUGGAAAAAAACUCAAAAUUAACCAGUUUUUCCUAUAAUUAAAAUGCUAAGAUUGUCUUUUAUGAUGUGCGACACUAAUACCUCUGUUAAAAUCUCAGAAAAUGUAGUUUGUGUUUCAUGACGCUUUAAUGAUCGAAAGUUGGAAGUCGUGUGUUUGUGUUAUUUCGAUGCAGCUGUCUUGUCACGAUUCUCUUCUGCCAUCUCGUGGCCGUGUGUAUACACACACACACACACACACACACACACACACUCUCUCUCUCUCUCUCUCUUUCUCAGACACGGACACACUCGCUCCUCUCCAGGGUUUUUGGCCAGAAGUUGAGGUACACGUCAGAGUGCAAGCCUUGUACUGGUGAGCCGACGUGUGCGAUGACCUCAGCAGUUUGUGCGCAUCAGCUGACGCUGGCAGACACCGGAAGACAUGCAACGGAAGGUAGAGAUGCCGAUAAACGAAGGUUUCUCCAUCGCUGGCCCCUCAACCACUCCCCGGAAGCGGCAGGUGCGUUUCUCCGCCCGGCACGACAUCCUGCUCCUGCGUGAGGUCAUCGCGCAGAACCCGUUCAUCUCGAAGGAGUCCGGCCGUAUCUGGGCUCGGGUGGGUGAGAUCGUUACGACUGCGCUGCAGGACGAGAACUUUGAGGUGGACGGACGCAGGUGCAGGGAGAGAACCAUGCUGCUGCUCGACUACUACAAAAAGCAGGACUUUCCCAGCCUGCGCAGGUUCGGCACGGAGAGGCUUUACGCUCAGAAGGAGGAUCUGCUGCACGAGGUUUUGGAGCUUGAGGCCGAGAAGAACCUGAUGGCAAGUGGUGAAGGGAAAUACCAGGAUGGAGAGAUGAAGAAGAGAACGCUAGAGGAGCUCACACUAUCUGAGCCGGACAAACCUACUGUGCUUCCAGUCGCAGCAGCGGCGCCUACAGUGUCUGGUUCAUUGGAACCGGAGGAACAGGAGGACCUGGUCGAGCUGUCGGCGCCCACUGCCAAGCGGCCAUGCCAGUGCUGCUGCCAGACGUACUCAGAGAUCCUGAGCUUCCUGGAGAAACGCUCGGAAGCCGAGCAGCGGCUGCGUGAAGAGGAAAUGGCACUCCGCAGGGAAGAGCUCGAGAUCCAGAGGAGCAAAAUCGCUCUGGAACGCGAACGACUCGGUGCUGAGAGGAAGGAACGUGAGCGGCGCUUUGAGCUGGAGAGCCAGGAGAGGCAGGUCAUCCUUGAUCUGCUCAAGGAGAAAGUUCUCAAGAGCGAGAAGAACGCUGAGUGCUGACUUUUCUAAACACAGUGCUACAUUACCAAUAGUUUUGGACUCAUUUUGCUAACCUGUUGCUAACAUUUUCCCUCACAAAGAGUUCAUUCUAACAAGUAAUGGCUAUUUGGAAUAUUUAAAAGAUUAUUUGGGACAAUGUGUGUAGAUAUUGAGUCAUAAUGUAGUAGCUAGCUAACAACUAGCUAGCUAACUGGCUAAAUAAUAAUUUAUAGAUUGUAGCACUUUACAAAUUGCAUAUCCCAAACACUAGCACUUGAGUUUAGAGUUGGGUGGUAUGACAAAAAUAUCUCGCCAUGAUACAUGAUGACAUUUCAACGAUAUAUAGGUUUACUAACAAACUGCCAGCAAAACACCAGUAAAAAAAACUACUAAAAAAGUAACUUUUUUUCUACAAAAAUAUAUUAAAACUAAAAAACAAAUAAAAUCAUACUACUAAUACAUUUUAAUAUUAAAUAAAAAUUAUAAUUUAAUAAGGAUUCCGUACAAAAUUUUAACAUCAUAUUAUUUAAAAUCAAACUUAGUUAGAAUAUCAUAACACCAUAUACCAUAAUAUUUUGACAUAAUUUCCAGCCCUACCUGAGUUUUUAUUUGAAAUUAAUUCGAACAAAUAACGGUUGUUGAUAAAACUUUCAAGACCUUGAUACUACAUCGCAAAUAUGACUUGCUAGUAAAGCCACAAGUAUUUCAGAAUGCUAAACAGAUACAUCCUCCAGCUAUAUGUUACAGUGAGCAUAGCUACAUGUCCGUUUUAUUUCAUUACGCAAUUAUUCAGAUGUUACGUUUCUGAGCCAAUUUUCCAUAUCCAGGUGUUAAAACUAUAAAGAAACUUGUUAGAGUUACUACUUACUAGCGGUAAAUGAAGAAUCGUUAGCUAGCAUUGUUCUGCAAACCUUAGCUAGCUAUGAUUAGUCAGAGGGAAUUUCCGAGUAAGAAUAACAACCUUGCACUAUUUUAUUGUACACUUGGGGUUUUUUUUUUAAGCAAAAAAUGUGUUGUAUUAAAAAUUCAAAUAGCAAAAAGCUAAACAUAAUUUGGUCAUGUAUUGUUAAAAAUAGCUUUAAAUAUUGAACAAAACGAAUGCAAGUCUGGGGGGCACACACUUUUGCCCAACUGAGAAGAAAUCUUAUUACACCUAAAAAUUUGUGAUGUUUCUAGAAAACUCUGUAGGUUUAAUUCUAAGUUAAAGUGUUUGGGACAGAGCCAUGUUUAGACUACAAAUGAGAGAUUCAAUUGAUUGCAUCAGCUGGUGAAAUCAACUGUUAUGAAUCAACUUUGUGCACCUUUCAGCUGCUAGCAUCAUUCCUGUUCUUCCUGUCCUUCCUGAAAUGCAUUUGUUGUUCUCAUAGCAUGACAACCUACAGGAGACAAGGACACGGGAAUCUCGGUCAAAAAGGAUGGAACUCAAGUUUUAAAAAAUUAGCUAGCUUAAUGUAAUUACAUUAACACCACUAACCUUUCAUUUCUUUGUCUUGAUGUACUGUUGAAUGCAAUAUACAACUUGCUCUACUAGAGCUAGCAAGGUUACCUAAACAACACUGUGCUACCAUUAGCCAGCUAGCUAGUUAUGUUACUUCUCUAGCAUAACAUUAAGCAGCUAAUCAGGUUUUCUAGAAAUCCUGCUAAUGCUAGGUAAUCUGUUUUUUUAAACCAGCUAGCUCAUGGGAUAAUGUUAGGCUAACAGUUCUAUCCUGCACUUAAUAUCAAUAGCCAAUUUUGGUAGCAAGCUAGGAAAUAAUAGGCUGGAUUUUUUUUUAAUUAGUAACAUUAAACUGGUUUACACAAAUGUUAUUUUAUUUGUGUAAGAUCAAAGUUUAAACCAGCAGCUAAGUUUGCUAAUCUUAUGUAAAUGAUUUUAUUUUAAAUAAUUUUAUAAAUAAGUGUCCAAAUUCACUAGCAACUAUUUUAUUAUGUAAAUAGAACCAUGCUAACCUCAUUCGCAAGCUAGGACAUCUGUGAAUUACUUUGGCUAAUCCAUUUUAUCGUAAUUAAAACCAGCAACUGAGCAUGAAAAUGUUGCGUGUUCAAGGUCACAAGCAACCAUUUUAUUGUGUAAGUGCAAUAAAACGCUAAGCUAAGUUCAUUGGCAGGCUAGGUAACGCUACGUAAACUGCAUUAUUGUUUAAUCAAAACCAGUGGCCAAAGUAUGGGAAGUUUUGUGACUGAGUUUGCGAUUGGACCCUGCAGUGAUCAAUCUAUGUUUGCUAGAAAAAUAGCUUACAUUAUGCAAUCUAUUAUAAUAUAUAUUCAAAAUGUGUUGCUAGCCACCAAGUUUCUAGCAAACUAGUGAUUGUAUCAUUGUCUGUAGCUACAUUGUCUGUAGCUAUAUUGAACCAGUUACUAAGUCUGUAAGGUAAGCUAAUUUAACAUAUUUAAAGUAUGGUGAUGUCAUAUGACCAAGUUUGUGAUUGGCUGAAAACAUUUAACUUAAGCUCCACCCUCAUUGACUACGUUUACAUGGACAGCAGUAAUCUAAUUAUUGACCUUAAUCUGAGUAAGAUAAUAAUGUGAUUAAGGUGUUUACAUGAGUCACUUUUAGAAUACUCCUGUCAUGUUCCCGUUUUACGUUUUAGAACAUAAUUAGAUUAACAGCCCGCAUCAUUACGUCACCGCGCCACGCCGUCCGACGUCCCUCCAGAAUUUCACGUAUCAACAUACAGUUCAUCUUCGUUAUGGUACCGUAUACAGUUUUGGGUGUUUUUUUUUUUGUUUUUUUUUUGUUUUUUACGAACGCUUUAAGUGCAGUUAAUUAUUUGUCAUGCUAUACGUGCUAAUAGACAACUGCUUGAAGCGGUGGGUGUGUCCAAAAUCGCGUAGUUACCGUCUAUAUAGUAGCCGAGAUACAUGUAUUUUUCCCCACUACAGGCCUAUAGUAGGAAAGUAUGCGAUUUGGGACACAGCCGAACUCUUUUGUUCGCCGUAAAACGUAAAACUGCCGUGUGUGAUCGUGUCCUGUCGCAAAAUGCGGUGAAAACUCCCACACGACGUUCAUAAUGUGAUUAAGGUGUUUACACGUCACUAUUACACGUCCAUAAUGCGACUAAAACAGGAGUACUCCACCUGUCUUAAUUAGAUUAUUGCUUACUUCGAUUAUGACCUUAAUUAGAUUAAGGUAAGUAAAAAUUGCUGUUUACAUGGUAGUUUCUUAAUUAGAGUAUGGUCUUAAUCGGAUUAAGAGUGGAUUAUUGCUGUCCAUGUAAACGCAGCUAGUGAUGCAGUGUCACCCGUUACUAAGCAAAAUCAGGACUCGUUUAAAUGCUGUAAUUUAGUUGCAAUGCUGCAAAAUUUAUGUUCAUUUCCAUGUAAAUUAAAGUCAAAGUGUUGCUGCAUGACAUAAAUGACUUUAAAGAUGUACAAUCACAUUUUUUUUAGAUGUUGGAAGCUGCUGUAGAUGUAAAGUUUGUUACAUUUGUCAGAUUUAAUAUACAGUUAUAUGUUUUCUGUGAAAUGAUGCAGAACCAUCGGUGUGCAUCACAUAGCCAAGUCUUUGUUGAGAGAUAACAAUAAUUGAUGUUUACGUUGUCUAAGAUUUACCAUGUACUGUCAUUUAAAAAUUGUUUUCUUUUUUUUGCCCAUGUCUUUGUUGCACUCAUAGAGUUGAAGCAACUACUCUGGCUAAAAUAAAUCUUAAUAUUAACAAUAAUAUUCCAGGGCUUCACUUAUAUGUAUUUUUAGCUAUGUUAUUUUUGCUAAAUGAAAAUUAGUUGAUACUACUGAAAUGUAACAUGAUAUAUAAUUAUUUGGAUUACACAGCUUUAUAUUGUGAAUAAAAGUUUGAAUAAUUACUUUGCAUUCUAUGUGUCAUUAUAAUAAGUUAUUAAGGCUGGUGUUGGUUUCUGCAUUCAGUGUUGCCAAUGUUAUCA